AAUAUAUUAUGUAUUCAAUUUUCAAUGCAUUACAAUAUAUGCAUAAUAAUAAUAUUGCUCAUAGAGAUCUUAAAUUAGAAAAUAUCUUGGUAAAUCAAGAUUUAAGUCUCCUCAAAGUUAGUGAUUUUGGUUUAAGUACAGGAUAGGCAUCUUUAAUGACCAAAUAAUGUGGAACUCUUAUUUAUAUGGCUCCUGAAUAAUUAAAUAAUAAGAUAUAUAAUAAAGCUAUUGAUAUCUGGGCUGCUGGUGUCAUCAUGUAUCAACUUAUUGUUGGAUAACAUCCAUAUUAUUAAAAAGGUUGUAAUUUAGCAAAAGCCCAAUUAAAUAUGCAUGAAUUAUGUAAACCGUAUCUUAAUGAGUAAAUUUUACAUUUUUAAUCUAGAGUAUUCAAUUUAGUCUAUUUCGAAGAUUGACUGAAAUUAAUCCCACUAAAAGAUAUAGUGCUACUCAAGCUCUAUUACAUCCUUGGUUUAAUUAUGGUAAUGAUGAACCUUUAAAUAUGGAAGAACAAUUUCAAUAAUGGAAACAAUCAUUAAAAUUAUACAAAAUAAUUCUUGCAUUAAUGCUACUCAACAAACUAGGAUACAAAAAACAUUUAGUUAAUAAAUAAUUUUAUGAUUAAAUUUCUAUGUAGAUCAAAUAAAAUUAAAAGUUAGAUUUCUUAGGAAAUUAUGAUUAAUUAUUUGCAGACUAUUAGUAAUCUUUAAAUGAAGAUUAAAAAACUAAAAUCUCAUCUGUAUUUAAUAAGAUGGAAUAAACUAUUCGCAAUGAUUUACAUACAACAAUAGAAUCUACAAAAUAAUCACAUUCAACUAUUCUUUAAUCUUCCAAAUUUUUAAUACCUUUCUCAAAUAAAUCACCAAUUAAAGUUUUUAAUAUUAAUUCAUAAAAUCAAACACCCAUUGUCAUUGAAGAUAUUGAGUAAGAAUAAAUGAUGAAAUUAUCAAUUAAGAAUAAAGAUAUUCCAGAAAAAUAAUUUAUUCGAUAACAAUUCCUGAUAUAAUCUACUAAAUUAAACAAUCCUUCUGAUGAUGAUUAAUAAUUAAUAUAAGAUAAUUAAAUACUAAAUUAAUAAAUUGUAGAUAAUUAAUUUGAUAAAUCAAUUACUUCAAGUCCUACUAAAUCUCCUUAAAUAAUAAAGAAAAAAAGAGUUAAAAAAGUAUAAAUUAAAUAAUAUCUAAAUGAGGAUAUUAUUUAAAGUAAUUAUUCAAAAAUACCAAAUACAAUCUAAAAAUAAGAGUAAUAUAAUAAUUUCAGAUAAUAGUCUCCAUCUCCAAUUAAUAAAUUUAAAAUAUAGCUUAAACCCUUAAAUCAUAUCCCAACGAUGACUAGUUCUUAAAAAAAUGAUGCAAAUUUACCAUUACGCCCACGAAAUUAAAAGUUAAUUGUAGAUCGAGAAUUCUAUGCUCCUCCAAUUUUAGAUUUAAGCAAUCUAGCUUUGGAAUGUAUAAGUCCUAAACAUCGUAAAACUCGAGCUAUUAGUUUAAAUAAUUAAAAAAGAACUUAUGUAAAUGAACUUCUCUCUUUAGGAGUUUUAGGGAUUAUUGGAAAUAAUUAUGAUUCCUUUAAUAUAAAAUGA